AUGCUGGCGUUGACUUUAUUAUCUGCAUUCCUCUCAAAUGAUCCAUGCACUAGCGAUGGAGUUGUAUGUAGCAACCAUGGCGUUUGUGAAGAGCAGGAUGGCAUCAGGCUGGGUUGUACCUGUUACGAUGGUUUCUAUAGCCCUGGCCCGGGUCUCUGCUACGAUCUAGCUUGUAAAACAGAGGUAGGCAUUUGUAAUAACGGUGGUGCUUGCGUCAAUAAAGAUAAUGGCAGGAUGGGUUGUGUCUGUGACUUGCUCCAUCUUGGCGAGCAUUGUGAAUCCUGCAACCCUAAAACAGCUAUGUUACUUGAUAAUGUGUGUGUUCCUAUCUUAUGUACUAUAAAGCAUCCGACAGACAUUAGCCUUUCUCAAGUUUGUGGCGGAGGAGGCCACCCAAUUCUUCUGGACAACGGGCAUUACAGUUGUAAUUGCACCAAGCCAGGAUACCUACACAUGGGCAGUGUCUGCAUCCAUCAAUCCUGCAUUUCACAAACCGGUGAAAUCUGUGGUGGCAAUGGCGUCUGUUUAAACAUGAAGUGUGUUUGUUACAAAGGCCAUAAUGGCGCAUUGUGCACUUUAGAAAAGCCACUAGUUUUCUGUGAUGAAGGUUAUACUCGUAUAGGAUCUGACUGCUUUCCAGAUGAGUGCCUGUCCCGCGGGCUUGUGUGUGGGUCAAAUGGGCGCUGCGUUGACGGAAAGAAGCCAAAGUGUCUAUGCAACAAGGGCUUUGAGACCGUUGGCUCAGACCUUUGUGUCCCAAUGGAAUGCAUUAAGGACGGAGCUGUUUGCCCACAUGGAAACUGUGUUCUCUUAGAGGCAGCCAAGAAUUAUGAGUGUGUAUGUUCCCCUGGAUAUGUACAAGCUUCUGAUGGCACGUGCAUAAGCCAAUCGUGUGUUAGCUCCAUUUCAGACGAAGGACUGGUCAUUUGCCACAAUAGAGGACUGUGCAUAAAUGAUACCUGUCUAUGUAACAAUAAUUUUGGUGGUAUAAAAUGCAGUAGCUGUAACUCAGGAUUUGUAUUUGUGCAGGCAGAAGAGGACAGCCAAGGGAGGUGCAUUUCCGUGAACUGUUUGUCAUAUGCUGUGAGUAAUGUAGCGCAACAAAUUGUUCGCUUUCGAGAGAUACCGGAUAAUUACAAUUCCUCUCUUUUAGUCUGUGAUGGGUUUGGAGUGUGUGAAGCCUCAUCCAGCCUAAAGAGCAACAGCUAUCUAGAUUACAAGUGUCACUGCAGUCCAGGAGCCAUUCCUUACAAAAAUCGUUGCUAUUCUACCUUUUGCUUCAACGCUUCAACUCCAAAUGUAAUCUGUAACAACCAUGGAUACUGCAAGGGAGGUACAUGUGUUUGCGAUGUUGGGUAUGGAGGUUUUUCGUGCGAGCUCAAUCUAAUAUCAUGCCCUUUUGGGACUCUUGAUGUCCAAGGAAGCUGUAUACCCGAAGCUUGUGUCACCGAUGGUAGUAUCUGCAACGGGUUGGGGGACUGUGUAGACACAUUGGUUUACAAUGAAACAUCUGGCCUUCCUGUCUAUAAAUGUCUCUGCCGAGGUGACUUUCAGUUCGUGCUCGGACAUGGGUGUGUCCAUCCAGCAUGUAUUGAUCCUAUCACUAAUGCUGUUUGUGAAAACGGAAAAUGUAUUACUGCAGGUGCCAAGCCCUUUUGUCAAUGCGACCCUGGGUUCAUUGGCCUUCAGGUGGAAGAGCACGAAGGUAUAAUUUGUGUUAGCGCUUCUUGUGUAACUUUUGGGAAUUCCAUUUGCAACAGGAAUGCAGGAAAAUGUAUUAAGAAGGGCAUCUCUGGGAAUACCAUGGUCUAUGGCUGCGCUUGUGAGCCUGCUUAUACAGGAACUCACUGUGAGCAUUGUUCAUCGCAGGCUAUGUUAAUUGAUGAUCGUUGUUAUCCACCUGAGUGCCUUAUGCCUGCGUCCUCCCACAAUCCUAGCCUUCUUGUCUGUGGUGGACAUGGACAAUGCUCUUAUCACCUUGUCGAGGAGGGUGCAGACAAUUAUGAGUAUGUCUGCCUUUGUAAUCCCGCCUCGAUAGUUGUCGGUAACACGUGCACAAUGCAGAGCUGCGUAAACCCGGUGGAUCCUACCAAGAUUUGCUCUAAUGCUGGGUACUGCAACUCUAAAGGCAUAUGUGUGUGUGACCCAAAUGUCAAGGGAGAGUACUGCGAAACAAUCUCUAUAGUGUGCUUGCCUGGUGAGACUUUUGUGGCUGGCGCCUGUGUUCCUAACGCCUGCAUCUCGAGCCUCCCUUCCCCGGCCAUUUGUGGAGGUCACGGUACUUGCUCCAAGAUUCAGAACGAGUUCAAGUGUGUCUGUGAUCCUGGGUAUGUCUUCCUUCCAACCAUGAACCAGGAGAAGCUUUACGGCUGUGUUCCCAAGGCAUGCAACGUCUCUGGAGUCUACUGUCCCUACGGCGAGUGCCGUGAAAUCAACAAGGUGCACUCCUGCCACUGCAAACAGGACUUCAGGAAGAUAGAGGAGAGAUGUGUCCCUAGGUUAUGUGUUGCAAAGAACAAGCUUGGGGAACUUACCGAGUGCUCUGGCCACGGAGACUGUGUAGCAUUGACUAAUAGAACCAGCUAUCCAAUUUACAGUACAGAGGCACAUAUACAUUUCCUUUCUCAAUCUGAUAAUGUGGUACAUAAAUUUCAAUGCGCAUGCAAGGAGCUCUACACGGGGGCUCUCUGCUCAACCUGUGUCCACGGGUCGGUAGCCACAGACGACGGGCACUGCACUCCCGAACACUGCUUGACAAUCAGACAUGAUAACAGCACAGCAGAAUGCAAUGGCGCGGGAGUAUGCACAAAAAUCCUUGGGAAGUGGCAGUGCGUCUGCGUCCAUCAUGGAGCGACCCCAGAAAGGACCUGCCAACCAGAUUCUUGCUUUGCAGAAGGCAGUGCCUUAGCAUGCAGUGGUCACGGAGUUUGUCACAGAGAUGGCUGCAUCUGUAAUGCAGGGUUCUCCGGGUCUGCGUGCGAGAGUGCCGCUUCUCUCGAGGGCAGCAGCCUUCCCACUGACGCGCAACAUCAGCAGCCGACGCCAACAGCCAAGACAACCCGCAAGCACCUGCCUGGACGGAUGCUCCACCACGAACCCGCGGGCUCGUCUGACUCCCAGAACGCCGCAGCUAGAGCGGAUCAGAAGAAGGAGACGCAGGGCCAGCAGCACACAGCGCCAGAGGCUGCGCUGCGCGUGGUCAACGUACACCCCUCCAACGGCACCUGUCCCCAGGACUACUCUCCUCUGGAAGGGCUGUGCUACCCGACCGAGUGCGUCGUUGGAGAGCGGCUCUGCGGAUACCCCCACAUGCUUGAUAAGAGCAUCAGAAACAACAAUAGCACGAUCUUCGCCGACGGCUUCGUGGCAAACCUGACGAGCUCUCUGCUCUGCCGACUGGACCACUCCACGGCGAGGCACCAGUGUCUGUGUGUGCCGCCAUUCAAGCACAUUCCGGACCACGGGUGCGCCCCGGCGGGGUGUGUUUCGGACACGGGUCUUGUGUGCCCGCACGGAGAAUGCCUGUACAGUGAUGGAGAGUACUUGUGCAAGUGUGAGGACGACUUCGUGAUGCUGAACAGCACGUGCGUGCACGCCCAGUGCGUGAAGAACGGGGCUGCCUGCAACUGGACGCCCAAGGCGAGGGGCGGGACGUGUGUACAGAACGCUACGGGUGCAUGGACCUGUCAGUGCAACCCGGGCUACGUUGGAAGGCACUGCGACCUCUGCGACAAGGGCAUGACGGCCGUCGAUGGGGCCUGUGCGCCCCACAAUCUGGUGAAGCUAUACGCCAACAAGACGCGACUGGUCUGUGGGGGUUCGGGGAGGAUUGUCGGGGACGCUCCAGCCGCCCUUGCGUGCCAGUGCGACGAGGACGCGGUCCCCCAUGGCCAGCUGUGCGCCAGCAAGAAGUGCCUGAACACCCGUCUGGCUGGGAGUGUGUGCACAGGGCACGGGGAGUGCUACAAGGACGCCUGUGUCUGUGCCGAGGGCUACCACGGGGAUAUGUGUGACUGUCGUGUGAGGAACAUCGGGGCCGUGGCGGGGGUGACGGCGAGCACGGCCGUCUUCUUCGGGCUCCUCUUCCUGUCUGCGGCCAGGUGUCACAGGACGCCCGCCCGGUAG